ACACUCUUAUUUGAGUCUUAGAGUCUUGAGUCGACUAAUGAUCGACUCCUUGUCCCAUAGUGUAUUUUGACCUCCAUGGCUCCAAAAUGUGACCUUGGACCCUCUUUUUGGCAGUUAUCAGAAAGGUCCUAGCUCUUCCAAGAGGUCCCGUGCUGAGUAAAAGAGAAUCCAGUCUCUCAGAUCACUGCCGCAGACACAGUGAUACAGUUAGCACAAACCCAUAAGCAAAAACCUGACCCGAACGGCCUGGUGUUUGGGACGGUCUUCACUGACCACAUGCUGACCAUUGAGUGGAGUCUCGAGGACGGCUGGCAGAAGCCGCACAUCCAGCCUUUCGGGAACCUGUCCAUACAUCCAGGCUGUUCUGCCCUGCAUUAUGCUGUACAGCUCUUUGAGGGAACGAAGGCGUACCGGGGGCCAGAUAACAAAGUGCGCCUCUUCAGACCCAUGGUAAACAUGAAGCGGAUGAUGAAGUCGGCCCACAGGGCUUGUCUGCCUAGUUUUGAUGGUGCUGAGUUGUUGGAGUGCAUCAGGAAGUUGGUGGAGGUGGAUCAAGACUGGGUUCCUCACUCAGAAUCUGCCAGUUUGUACAUCCGUCCCACUUUCCUAGGCACAGAGCCCACCCUUGGAGUUAAGAAGCCCAAUAAGGCAUUGCUGUUCGUCAUCCUCAGUCCUGUGGGCUCGUACUUUAGCAUGGGAGUUAAACCAGUGUCUCUGUGGGCCGACUCCAAAUACAUCAGAGCUUGGAGAGGAGGGACAGGCGACUGCAAAAUGGGAGGGAACUAUGGCGCGUCUAUCUAUGCCCAGUACAAGGCAGUGGAUUACGGCUGUCAGCAGGUUCUCUGGCUGUACGGGGACGACCAUCAGAUCACAGAGGUCGGAACCAUGAACCUUUUUCUCUACUGGAUCAAUGAGAAAGGAGAGGAGGAGCUUGCAACACCACCUUUAGAUGGCAUUAUUCUGCCGGGCGUUACAAGGCUAAGCAUCCUAGAACUUGCUCGCGAAUGGGGUGAGUUCAAAGUAUCCGAGCGUUAUUUGACCAUGGCUGACCUGCGGCAGGCUUUGGAGGAAAACCGAGUGAGGGAGAUGUUUGGUUCUGGAACUGCUUGUGUUGUUAGUCCAGUUGGCAGGAUCUUGUAUCAGGGAGAGAAUCUACAUAUUCCAUGUGAAGGAAACUUUCCUCCACUAGCCUCCAGACUGCUGAAGGAGCUCACAGAUAUUCAGUAUGGACGGACCCCCAGUGACUGGUCUUGCGUCGUAUAAAGGAACCUCACCUAUGUCAACGUACACUAGCUCUUCAAAACAUUUAAAACAUGAACAUCAUACAAAAAAAGCUUUAUUUGUGGCUCCACGGAAUAACUGCUUGCCACGUUCAUGUAUGUUUUGUUUUGUACAAAGUUUACCAGCCAACUAAAACCUAUUCUAGCAAUAAUAUGUUGCUCUUUAGCACACUAAACCAACACUCAUAUGCCUCCUCAUACUCACAGUUUAUUCUAAUCAUCAGUAACCAGCAAAUCAUCACUGGUGACCAAAUGUUUCAAUAAAACUAGCUGAUAUUGCUGUUAUAUGAGGUAUAUGAGAUUCAACUUUUAGUGGAACUAUAAUACACUUCAUUAUUGAUGGUGUCAGUAAUAUGCAAUUACAGUCAUAUUGCACAAACUCUUUAAACUUAUGAAAGACAUUUAUAGAUACAGUAUAGAUAUAGUAUGUUAUUGUGGUAGAACCUUAUUAGUUAACAUUUUGAAAGAAAUGUUAAUGUUUAACAUCUAAAAAAUGUUAUAAUGUUUACUUGUAGCUGAUAAUAGUCAUUACGGAUGUUUUUUUUAAAAAUGCUUCCAUUCCAAGCGCACAAACUCGGAGUUAUAUUUGAUGGAGAUCUUUUUGCACCCAAAGGGAACCUUAAAAUCCACCUUAUAUUUGUUUAAAGAUGUUUGUAUGAUUGAAUUGAUCUGUCAUUUACUGUAGACGUUUGUUGCUAGGAAUACGAUUUUAACAGUUACAAAAGCACAAAUGAAAAAAUAUAGAUUUAGAUAUGUAUCAUACUAUAGAUAUUGUUACAUGCCAAAGUAUUUUAGUGAUGUAUUGAGUAUUUUGUGGCGUGAUAUUAGAAAUAAAUAUUUUAAAAAGUA